AUGGAGGAGUGCGCUUGCCCCUGCGUCAUGGGCUCUUCGCGGGGAUGUCGGUGUCGUCAGAAGCGCCAGCGCCCAGCGGAGAUGGCAGCGGCUGAGGGCAAGCGGUCCCGGGUCCCGGCAGAAAAGCACGUGGAGGCGGAAGCGGCAGCGCGGUGCUGUGCCGGGAGUGGAGGAAUCGCGAGCCCCAUGACAUCCCCGAUGCCCCCGCACUGCUCACUGCAGGACCUGCCGGUGGAGAUGCUGGUGGAGAUCUCCGCCUCGCUCCCCGGCACCGACCUGCCCAGCCUGGCCCUGGCCUGCACCAAAUUCCACCACAUCCUGCACAUUGACAGCAUCUGGAGACGGCGCUGCCGCGAGGAGUAUGGCGUUUGUGAAAACUUGCAGAACCUGGAGGCCAUAGGUAUCUCUUACCGAGAAGUCUAUGCGAAGAUAUUCCCAUACAGACACAUUUUGGGAUUGUGGCAGCUAGAUACUGAGGACUAUAGAACACUGCUGAAUGUCGUGGUGGACGGCUUAUGCAUUACUGGUUGGACGUACAGGCCUUCCCUUAACACCCAUGUGGAUGGCCCAAUGCCAUUCAAGCCCGCGUUCAGAAUUUGCCUGACGGAGCGGGAAUCAGCCACGGUGGAGUGCAUGGAAGGCCGCCACAGCAGGCCCCACAGCCGCCACCUGCAGAUUCAGAAGGACAGGUUCACCACCCAGUGCAAGAAGACAGACCACCGAAAGGACUCACCAACGUGGCAUAGGGAUGAAUUUGGGCGGUGGCUGGUGCGGGAGGACAGACAGCAGUAUGACUGCCUGACCUACCGCCGCCUCUACCUCCCUCCGAGCCACCCGGACGACCUCAUCAGGCCAGGCCUCUUCCAAGCCAACUGCAAUGCCUACGGCCUAUCGAUUGCCAUGCUCAGCUUCCAUGGGAAGUAUGCCAGGCUCACGACAGUCACGGGAGACUCCAACCCCAGCUUAGAGAUCCACCUCAGGCGCCGCAUCCAGCUGCGAGAUGGCGAGAUCUUCCGCGACUUCAACGAGCUCUCCCGCGAGGUCCAGGAGAUUGACGAGCAGGUGAUCUGGGAGCAGCAGCAGCAGCAGCAGCAGCAGCAAGAAGAUGGGACUGAGGAAAGCGAGGGCCAUGGCUGGCAGAGCCCUGCCCAGCCCAGCGUCGGGGAGUCCGGGGCUGCAGCUUCGGAGGAGCAGCCCGUCCCCUUUGUUCUGCCUGUGGGCGUGCGCUCAAUGGACCAGAACUACCCCCGGACCUGCAGGAUGUGUUUCUAUGGCAGGGACACUGUUACUUUUAAUGUUACCUUACAUGGCUUCGCCUACACCGGGCGUGUCCCUGGAGUCUUCAUCCUGUUCGAUGAGAACCACUUCGGGUUCCUCUGGCUGGAGGCGAAAUACUUGGUCCUGUUCGGCAGAGUCCAGAACACCUUCCAGAAUGUGGAGGCACCAUCCCCGCAGGCCUUCCUGGAGAUGCUCAAGAACAUUCAGUCCAGACCCCCUGGGAGGAGCAAUUUGCAUGCACUUUGAAGAUUUGACCUUCUGACUAGGUUA